AACCCCGUACAGACUGUUGGGGCCCAAGAUGGCUGAAUACUCACGGGGGACUGUUAGCAAAUAACCGAGCAAGACAUCGGGAAUGAAUGACAAAUAGCAUUAUGGUGUAAAGCAAACGCUCGAACUAAUUUUCCGAUUACGGUCUUGUUGGUUUGCAUUAUUUUCGGAAUGUAUGCCUACCAGUAUGGAGAGAGUUUUCUCUCCGCGGCCCCGAGCCAGAACAUGGCGGAACAGUUUGGGAAGAUAUAGCGGCUAACGCUAAGCUAGCUGGCGUAUUAUUGAGUGACAUUUACAAACAUUGUUCUGGAUUAAAAACGCUCAGUACUGUCCGCAAUUGUGAAAUAAUGUUUUUGUUAUGUAGCUGUGGUUAUUUCGCAUUAACGCGGUUAACAUACGAAACGCUGGUGUUUGGCUUACAUGGGGGCAAGUCAACGCGUUAGCCCAGCUAUUAGCUAACGUUGUCCGCCAGAGCGCAACUAAGCGGCGCAGAGUGUUUUGGGGGAAUAAAAGUAUUGUAAAACUAUUGUCACAUUAACGCGACAUAAUUAAUGUCAACAUUGUUUUGUGUAGCAGUCGCGUGAACGCAGUCCCCUCUGCGUGGUGCAUUUCCAUGUUUUGAUGUUGUGCUAGUCUUCAAGCUGCCUUUCCGUAGUGCGUGAUCAUCUGCUAGAAGUUUGUUGGUAACACAUCGACAUAAUAUAGUGUAAAUAUAUUAAGAGUGAAGGAGGUUGAACAGGUUGGACGUACGGAGGAAGGCGUGUUGGUCAGCUUGACCCCGGACGCAAGAUAGCAACGAUUUGGACUGCUUUUGAAGUUGUGGCGUUACUAAGGUGAAGCAGACACCCUGUAACAGCCAGCGAGGCUCGGCAGGAGGGGUGUUGGGGGGGACCGGUUGCAAACACCUGUCAGGAUGACGGACACCCGUCGACGAGUCAAAGUCUAUACCCUCAACGAGGACAGACAGUGGGACGACCGUGGAACAGGACACGUCUCGUCGGGCUAUGUGGACCGACUGAAAGGCACGUCUCUUCUGGUGCGGGCUGAGAGCGACGGUUCCCUACUACUGGAGUCCAAAAUAAACACAAACACAGCAUACCAGAAACAGCAGGAUACACUCAUUGUGUGGUCAGAGGCUGAAAACUAUGACCUGGCCCUCAGCUUCCAGGAGAAAGCCGGCUGCGAUGAGAUCUGGGAGAAAAUUUGCCAGGUGCAAGGAAAGGACCCGUCAGUGGACAUCACUCAAGAUGUGGUGGACGAGUUAGAAGAGGAGCGCUUUGAUGACAUGUCAUCGCCCGGUCUGGAGCUGCCUCCAUGUGAACUGAGCCGCCUGGAGGACUUGGCGGAGCUCGUGGCGUCCUCACUCCCAUCGCCGCUGCGGCGCGAGAAACUGGCGCUAGCCGUGGAAAACGAGGGCUACAUCCGCAAACUCCUCGAGCUUUUCCGCGUGUGCGAGGACUUGGAGAACCGGGAAGGACUGCACCACCUGUACGAAAUCAUCAAAGGCAUUUUUCUACUCAAUCGCACCGCACUUUUUGAGGUCAUGUUCUCAGACGAGUGCAUUAUGGACGUCAUUGGUUGUCUGGAGUUCGACCCGGCGCUCCCACAACCGCGGCGGCACCGUGAGUUUCUUACGAAGACGGCCCGCUUUAAGGAAGUGAUCCCUAUCUCAGACCCUGAACUGCGUCAGAAAAUACACCAGACUUACCGGGUACAGUACAUUCAGGACAUGGUACUGCCAACUCCCUCUGUUUUUGAGGAGAACAUGCUGUCCACCCUGCACUCCUUCAUCUUCUUCAACAAGGUGGAAAUUGUAGGCAUGCUUCAGGACGAUGAGAAGUUCCUGACAGAUCUUUUUGCACAGCUAACAGACGAGGCUACAGAUGAUGACAAAAGACAUGAACUGGUUAACUUCUUGAAGGAAUUCUGCGCGUUCUCACAAACAUUACAACCUCAAAACAGAGAUGCCUUCUUCAAGACACUGUCAAACAUGGGGAUUCUACCUGCACUAGAGGUCAUAUUGGGAAUGGAUGAUGUCCAAGUGCGAGGGGCCGCCACAGAUAUCUUCUCUUAUCUGGUAGAGUACAACCCCUCCAUGGUACGAGAAUUUGUCAUGCAGGAGUCUCAGCAAAAUGAUGACGACAUCCUCCUGAUCAACCUCAUCAUAGAACACAUGAUCUGCGACACAGACCCAGAGUUAGGGGGGGCAGUACAGCUGAUGGGUCUGCUCCGGACUCUGGUGGACCCAGAAAACAUGCUCGCUACCGCAAAUAAAACAGAAAAGACAGAGUUCCUCAGCUUCUUUUACAAGCACUGUAUGCAUGUCCUGUCAGCUCCACUACUGGCCAACACCACAGAGGAAAAGCCGAGCAAAGAUGAUUUCCAGACAUCCCAGUUGUUAGCCCUAAUUUUGGAGCUGCUGACAUUUUGUGUUGAGCAUCACACAUAUCACAUCAAGAACUACAUCAUCAAUAAGGACAUUCUCAGGAGGGUACUGGUACUCACUGCCUCCCAGCACGCUUUCCUGGCACUAUGUGCUCUGCGCUUCAUGCGAAGAAUCAUCGGUCUGAAGGAUGAAUUCUACAACCGCUACAUAAUGAGGAACUUCCUCUUUGAACCUGUCGUUAAGGCCUUUCUCAAGAACGGCUCACGCUACAAUCUCAUGAACUCGGCCAUCAUUGAAAUGUUUGAGUAUGUCCGUGUGGAGGAUGUGAAAUCUCUCACAGCUCAUAUAAUAGAAAAUUACUGGAAGGCUCUAGAGGACGUGGACUAUGUCCAGACCUUCAAGGGGCUCAAGCUCCGGUAUGAACAGCAACGAGAGAGGCAAGACAACCCCAAACUGGACAGCAUGCGCUCAAUCCUGAGAAACCACCGCUUCCGUCGUGACGCACGGACGCUGGAAGAUGAAGAGGAGAUGUGGUUCAACACGGAUGAAGAAGACCUUGAAGAUGGCGAGGCUGUAGUACGUCCGUCAGACAAGAUGAAGAAUGAGGAGGACCUCAUGGAACCUAUAAGCAAGUUCAUGGAGAGGAAGAAAUUGAAAGACACAGACGACAAAGAAGUUCUGGGCAAGUCAAGCUUGUCAAGCAGGCAGAAUCCCAGCUUCAAGCUCUCCUUUUCCGGCUCCACCAAAACCAGCCUGUCAAGCCCUCCUUCAUCCACUUCCUUGAAUCCUGGUUCUCCCGGUUCACCUGAAUCUCCUGGCUCAGGGACACGGAGCUCACCUCCCACCCCAGCAGUAACCACAAAGGGAGGAUUAGUGGGACUGGUGGACUAUCCUGAUGACGACGAUGAUGAGGAAGAGGAGGAUGAGGAAGAAGGAGAGAGUAAAGACGAUGCUCCGCCACCUUCAAAAAAGUCCAAACUGAACUCCUAAAGACGCGCAACUAUGUCGGUGUAGCGCUCCACUCUCAGACAGUUUCUGAACAGACUUUCUUCACACGGGAAUGAUCAAACUUGUAAACACAUGGAAUGAACGAAAGCCACACACUGCUGGUGGUCACAAGAGGAGACGGACUUGAACAGAUUUGGAAAAAAGCCUCCUCUUCCUCCGACCAGCCCAAUUCAAACAAGUGCCAAUCAGGAGGCCAGAAGGCAGAAAAAGUCUUGAGGUGAACAGACAAGGUGAAGGUCAAGUCAAGGGGGUGGGAACAGUCGCACAAGAGUUCUUCAGCAGUCUCGGACAUGACCACAAAGGUCUCUUGGAGGAGAUGACAACGUACAAAAUAAACAUGUAUAUUGCAGGCUGAAAUCCCCCAAGAGAUUGUGGACUUGGAUCAUAACCCCACUGACCCCCGACCCCCCUCCACUCAGGGAAGGACAUCAAUUGCCCAAAUGGUUCAGCCAAUUCAGACUCACACACUCAUCCCCUCAUAACCUCUCCAGAAUCCACUUGUUCUUUUCUUCCUCUCCUCUUUGUCCUGUUUAAGUUGGCAUCCAGGAGCAGGCAGGAGGCAGCACGUGGCAAAGAGAGCUGUCUUUGGUGUACUUUGAUGAUGUCAUCAGUGUUGUCGUUCCUCAGCGGACAUCAUUUCUCCCAAAAGGAGGGAGAAUUAAAAAAAAAAAAAAAGCCAGCAGUUUUCUUUCUUCAUUUCAUUUUCUUUCUCUUAUUUGUCUCGCUUAAACCAUUCUCCUGUUCUUUGUUUUUUGUAAAUGACAACAAAAAGAUGACCUGCCUUUAAAUGUUCAGGAUGUUUUCAGUCACACUUGAACAGGUUUUUAAGACCUCAGUAGGUGAGCUAGUUUUACCAUUUUUGCCCUUUGAAACUGCAGAUUUUUUGGAGAAAUUUGUAAUCCCGUCUUGAUUAAAGAUUGAGUGGAAUUCUAGAUGUGAUGUAUUUUGUCAUAUCUUCUCAUUUUCUUUGUUUUUUCCUUUUACAUGAGUGUAUUAGUUGUUCAGAAUAUUUGGGACCAUUAAAAUGAUCUUUGCUGUAAGAUGUC